AAAGAAAAACCAAAGAAACCAACUACAAUGAGGGGAAUACGCCUUUCACCACCACCAAUACAAACCAUCAACACAAUCCAAUCACAAACCUUUCCCACCACCACCACAACCAACCCCAACCAAGUUCGAUUCCUUCCUUUCCAAUCAAAGCAUAACAACAAGAAGAAAAAACACAAGACCCCAAUACUAUGCCUCUCUUCAACAAACCCAUCCAAAAUCCACCCCCAACCACCCCUCGUGGUGGUCGGUUCUGCCAAUGCCGACAUCUACGUGGAGAUCGACAGGCUCCCGAAGGAAGGCGAAACGCUGUCAGCUAAGACCGGGCAGACCCUCGCGGGCGGGAAGGGCGCGAACCAGGCGGCUUGCGGAGGGAAGCUGUCCUACCCAACGUACUUCCUUGGGCAGGUCGGGCAGGACUCGUAUGGGACGCUUGUGACUGAGGCGCUGAGGAGUGACGGAGUGUGUCUCGAUCACGUGAUGACUGUUAGUGGUGGGACCCCAACUGGGCAUGCUGUUGUGAUGCUGCAGUCUGAUGGGCAGAACUCCAUAAUUGUUGUUGGUGGUGCGAAUAUGAGCUGCUGGCCUGAUAUUCUGCCUCAGCAUGAUCUUGAUGUUGUCAGGAAUGCUGGCAUUGUAUUGCUCCAGAGGGAGAUUCCUGAUCCUGUCAACAUUCAGGUCGCAAAGGCUGCAAGGAGUGCUGGCAUACCAGUAAUUUUUGACGCUGGGGGCAUGGACUCUCCAAUUCCACAAGAAUUACUGAACUAUGUUGAUAUUCUGAGCCCUAAUGAAACUGAACUUGGUCGCCUUACGGGAAUGCCAACUGAAAGUUUUGAAGAUAUUGCACAGGCUGCAGCUAAAUGCCAUAAAUGGGGAGUUAAGCAAGUACUUGUAAAGCUUGGAGAGAAAGGAUCAUCACUUUUUAUUGAAGGAGAAGAACCGAUUCAGCAACCUGCCAUAUUUGCUAAGAAGGUUCUCGAUACAACUGGGGCUGGUGAUACCUUUACAGCUGCUUUUGCUGUUGCACUCGUUGAGGGCAAAUCCAAAAAGGAAUGCCUCAAAUUUGCCGCUGCUGCAGCUUCUCUGUGUGUUCAAGUGAAGGGGGCCAUUCCCAGCAUGCCCGAUAGGAAAUCGGUUCUAGAACUUCUUAGUUAUCAUUAAGGAUCUUGCAUGAGGCGGAAGGUGAAGUUGUGCAUACUCACUCUUCAUUUGUACUUCUUAUUUAUUAGUCCGAAAAAUUCAAAAAUCCUCUUCUAAACUAUAUAGGCUUGGUUUAGUAAAACUUUUAAUUUUUAAAAAUAGUUUUAAAAGAUAUUUUUUUAAAAGUUGUAAUAUCUAUAUUUGGUAAAUUAAAUUAAAAAUGGCUUUUAAUAAGCACAAGCAACAAGUGUGUUUGGUAAAAUAGUUUUUAAAAUUUAAAAAUACUAUAAUAGAUAUUUUAAUUAAUGUAUGAUGUUAUAUUAGACUUUUUAAUUUUGAUAAGCACAAGUCAACUUUGAAAAGCUCCCCUUUAGGUGCUUUCAAAACCACCUCUACCUUUUAAAAGCUAUAAGUACAAACACAUGAGUUUUUUAAUUUACCAAACACAAAACGAAAGCAUAAGCACCUCUUCAAAAAGCUUUAUCAAACCAAACCUUAGUCAACGACAUGAUGUCAAGAUUUCGACUCACAUAGGAAGUUACUGUGGUGUUUGUAUCUUAAAUUGUCAGUACUGUGCCAUUGUUCAUGAUUCUUAGUUAAUUAUUAUUUAAAUGAGAAAUGAUAAAUCCCCAUUGGAUCCCCUUAAAUAUCCUUCCAGUGUAUUGAAAUCUUAAGAAGCAAUAAUAAUUCUAUGUGAGAAUUUUCAAGUGCACUUUUGGGGGUCAGUCAUCCCAUUCUGUAGUUUAUUGCCAUUGAAAUAAGAUUAAGCUAGCUACUUAGGCUGAGUAAUCACUUCUGAGGUUACAGGAAAAGUUUGAUUCGUGUGGUUGUAACAUACAUGGAAAGAGUCAUUUUAAU